AUGGGUGCAAACAAGUUGCAAUACGACGAAGAAACGGACAUGAAAAAGCGGAACGAAACCAGAGGAAGAAAAGCACUUGAGGUGGGACGCCAAGCAUCUGUCGAAAAAGGAGCCCGCCUGGAAGAGAAUGUGAUUAGAAAAUCGAUACGAUUGGGUGGGGUAUGGUCGGAGGGAAAGAACGAUGUGCAGUCGAACGAGGAUCAUACAACGACCACAGGGCAUGGCAGAGCAGGCGGCAAGGAUGUGACGACAAAAACCACGUGCCGUCAAGGUGACACACGCAGACAAAGACCACCAAAGCACACGGAUGAGGGCAGGUUCGCACUUGAAAAGGCGACACUGACUGACGGUUAUUGA